AUGUAUCGGACAAAUUGUGUUGCACAUGGGAUUAAUUUGCUUUUAAAGGAUAUCUAUAAGCAUGUUAGAUGGGUGAGGGAAAUUAUUGAUGAUGGUAAACAUGUAGUGGAUUAUAUGCACAGGCACACAACUAUUAUAGCCUUGAUGAGGGAAUUCACAAAUGCCAAAGAGAUUAAGCAGCCUUGCAAGACAAGGUUUGCUACUAAUUUUUUAAUGCUCCAAUCUCUUAUUGUAGUUGAGAAUGAGUUAAGGCUAUUGGUUGCAUCAUCUGAAUGGAGAGGCUUCCAUUGCAAUAGAGUUGAAAUAGCAUUAAAGACUGUCAGGAUAAUUCAAUCUGAUAUAUUCUGGGAACAGGCAAAGGAGGUUAUUGCUUUUAUGGAUCCUCUCAUUAGGAUUCUUCGCCUUGUUGAUUCAGAUGGUUCCACUGCAUGUUACUUGUAUGAAGCAACUGUUAGGGCAAAAGAAAAAUUGAGGAAGUUAAAGGAGAGUGAUGGAGUAAAGUACUUUACCAUAUUGGAUUUGUUUGAUACAAGGGUGGAAAAGAAUAUAAUUCAUCCUGUUCAUGUGCUUGCUGCAGCUUUAAAUCCUAAUAAUUUGUUUGAUGGUGGACUUUUUAUUGAGACAAAUACAGUUGUGCAAGCUCAAGAAUGUAUUGUGGCAACCAUGGUUCCUCAAGAAGAUCAUGAGCAAUUCACUGCAGAAAUGGUUGAAUAUCGAAUGAGGAACCCAAAUUUGUUCAAUAUCACAGGAAAGUCUUUAAUGAAAACUAACCAUCCAAGGAUUUGGUGGGAAUAUAUGGGUGGUUGUCUUCCUGUGGUUCAGAAGGUUGCUUGCAGAAUUUUAAGCCAACCUUGUAGUUCCUCUCCUUGCGAGAGGAAUUGGAGUGCUUGGGACGCUGCACAAACAAAGAAGAGGAACAGGUUAACUCCAGAAAUGUUAGAAGAUUUGGUAUACAUUAGAAUGAAUUCUUUGAUGAAGGAGAAUUAUGAAAGCCGAGCAAUUCAGGAUACAAAACCUAUUGACCUAGAGAAACUUGGUGAUUUGCCUGAUGUAAACAUUGAGUUGGAGACAGAGAGACUUGAAGAGACAUAUGUUGAACCUAUUCAUGAUCAACCUAAUUCUAUAUUAUGAUACACUUGUGCUUUUUUUUUAAUGAAAUGGGAUGAUGUAAUUUGGAUGAUACAUUUUGGAUUAUGUAGUUUGGAUGAUGAUUUUGGAUAUUUAAAUGAUGUAUUUUGGAUA